AUGGCUACCGACGCCUCCUACUACUGUUUGCUGUCUAACAUUGGCAAUGAUUUGGCGGAAACGCUUGAAUCUCUCCUGAAUGUUGCCAUGAAGACGUUGCCUGAACUACGAGACUCAGACUUCAAUACGGGGACAACGUUUUCCAGAAUCGAGACAGAGCUUCGAGAAUACUGUAAGGAGAUCAGGAACCGCCUCGCGAGAUUGAACAACGAGAUGGAUAAAAAUGUGAAAUUCCUUGACUUGGACCGGACCUUGAAACAAGCUAGAAACGUGGAGCGGCUGACGAUUCUUGCCACGAUAUUUCUUCCCUUGUCACUUGCUGCUGGGAUUCUUAUUUCUGUUCUUCUUGGAGCAUUUGCGGUUGCUGUCGUUGUCUCAUUGGCCUUCUUCAAUUUGAUCGAGGAAGAUGUUACGAAACUUUUCAAGGCCAACAUCUUUAAACGAAUAUGGCGACUUGUACUAUGGUAUUUGGCGUUGCAUAUCUUGGCAAUAGGGUUACUUAUCUUAACUUCCUUUACCGUUGGCAUGUUCAAAGACGUGGUCUUGGGGUGGUUCAUUCUUGGAUAUGGACUUGCGGUGGCCAUUGGUGGCCCAAUUGUCUUCGGGGUCGUCUAUUCCAUUGGCACGGUGCUCGCAAAGUAUCUCCCCGACCGACUUCGCUAG